GUGGAGGUGCAGCAGGUGGAGCGCCAGGCUGAGCGGCCGCAAGUCCAGAUAACGGAGCGUUUCGAGGAUGUCCCCCAUAUCGAGGUGCAAGAGAACAUCAUCGAGGUUCCCAAAGUGCAGCUGCGCGAAGUUGUGCGCCAGGUCCCAAAGGUGGAGGUGCAGUACGUGGAAAAGAAAGUUGCCAAGCCUGUCUUCGAAUACCGAGAACGGGUUGUCGAAGUUCCUCAGGUGAUUUAUCAGGAGAGGAUUGUAGAGGUGCCAGAGGUGGAAAUCCGAGAGGUUGUGCGCAAGGUACCCAAGACAAUCGUCCAGUACGUGGAUAAGCGUAUCCCGAAGAAGGACCUUCGGUACUAUGAGCGGGUGGAGGAGGUACCAGUUCACCUCCAGCACGAGCAACCGGUGGAGGUGAUGCAGGUCAUGGCAGUUGAGCAGAUCCGCCAGGUUGCAAAGGUGCAGUGGCAAGACGCCCCGAGAGAGUUCCCCAAGGUGCAGCUGCAAUCGGAGACCAAACAUGUGGAGGUGCCCAUUCAUUUGGUUCACGAAAAGCCGGUCGAGGUGGAGGAGGUGGCAGCGGUGGAAAUCGUGACCCAAAAGCUACGACCAAAGUUUGAGCCACGGGAUCGUGUCGUGCCAAAGCUCACGACAGAAGUGCAGGAGCGUGUCGUGCACGUGCCACAAGUCCUCGUCGAGGAGCAGGCAGUCGAACUUCCGCAGGCCAAUCUCGUCGAAGUUGUCCGUGAGGAGCUGGCACCCAUGUACCAGGAAGUCAUAAAGGAAGUUCCAAAGAUAGCAAUGAACUAUAUCGAGCGUGUGGUCGAGGUAGAAACCUCCGCCGUGAAUGAGAAACAGGGCUCCGUGCCAGCAGGCGUGACAGGUUAUGUUUCUCAGCCUGGCUCCAUGACCUUUUCUGGACCUACCCUCGGAAGCGCACAGGUGUGGCCACAAAGCUGCACAGUGCCCUCCACCAUUCGUGGCCCCGCUUCCAUUGCGAGCUCGCGGACGCCAUCCCCCAUCCGAGUGCAGUCAUCAGGUGUUGCCAUGAUGGAGCCUGUGGCAGGGCUUCCGAUGAGCCGCGGCAGUGGGAACAUUCCGUUCAGGUGA